AUGCACCAGCAUAUGGGCCGCCUCCUCGAGUCCCACGUGGGAACGACGGACGUCACGUUCCAGGUCGGUGAGGAGACCUUCGCCGCGCACUGGCCCGUGCUCGCCGCUCGGUCGCCGGUGUUCAUGGCGCAGCUCUUUGGCCAGAUGAAGGAGACGACCACGAGCCACGUACGCAUCGAUGACGUCGACCCGAGAGUGUCCAGGGCCAUGCUGCACUUUGUCUACACGGAUUCGCUACCGGAGAUGGACAGCAGCGACGAGCCGGCCGUAGCUCAGCAUCUGAUUGUGGCGGCGGAUAAGUACGGCAUGGAGAGGCUGAGGCUCAUCUGCGAGGACCGUCUUUGCGACAACAUUAACACCGGCACGGCGGCGACUACACUGGACCUUGCGGAGCAGUAUGGCUUCAGAGGGCGGAAAGAGGCGUGCUUCAAGCUUCUCAAGACUCCCGGCAAUCUAAAGGCGAUCAUGGAUAGUGACGAGUUUCAGCGUAUGACAACCAGGUGCCCUUCCCUUCUUAGCGAGCUGCUGGCAAACGUGGCACCCUGA